CUCGUGGUCAUCUGCUUCAUCUUCGUCUCCCCUUCACCCGGACCGCCAAAACAUCCCCUUAUCACAUUCUACACCACCCCAUUCGAGAGACACCGCAUACUCGGCCCUCUUCUCUCGCAAUGACGUCUUCAGAGUCUAGGCCCCUACAUCAGAGUCAGUCAACGGGAUGGAGCCACGCGCUGCCACUCGAGCUCAGGACGAUGAUUUGGCAAUUCACCCUGCCGACUCACCAAAUGCACCUGUUGAAGGAUUCGUGCUCCAUUCCCAAACGCGACCGCCAAACGUUGGAGAUUUGCGUUCCGGUACCCGUCGCCUUUCAGGUCUGCAGGGAGUCGCGCCAGGUCGCCGCCAAGCACCUCGACGCGAUUCCAAGGACUGACAACCCCGCCGACACGAGAACGGUGUACUGCGACCUUGCGACGGACUCUUUGCUGCUGGACAUGAGGAUGAACUUCGGGCUCUCUCUCUUUCUCGACCAAGUGCCGGCGGCCUGGAAGCCGUUCAAACAGAUCCACGUGUGGGAGUUCGAUUUCUUCGACUGGCAGCCGAAUCCGCGGGACGAUGCAGCCGUGACGCAGGUGACGCGAGAGCUGAAGCGUCUGUUCCAGGCGUUCCCGAACACCCAACGGUUGGUCCCCACGAGGGUUAUGGACCCCGACGGCCGCAUCCACCUGAACGACCCCGGCUUUCUCUCCUUCGCGUUCACGGACAAGCACCUCAUGCGGUAUGUCCACGUCGGGGGGGCUGGAGAGCCACCCUUCCCGGAGCACGUAAUCCAUGGGCAGUUCUACAAGAAGUUCUUGUCCAUGGAAGUGGAACAUGAAUUCUGGACAACGCAUGUGGCGGAGCUCCCGGAGGGUUAUCCCCGGCCACGAGUGCAUUCGGCUGUUGCGAGGGUUCAGUGCAAGCACCAACUCCCCCCAAGGGAACCUUCCUGCUACGAGGAAGGGAUCGUGUACGCCAGCGACGAUGAGAGAUAUUUCGAUAAUGACAUCCCCGCGAGACAAAGAUGAACCCCCCCCCCUGCGACGGGGGUUCUUUGUGAGUUUCUGUCAGCUUUCGAUGUUACAUGCAGAAAGAGAUUACAAUGAAAAUUAUCUAUCUUCAGCACUAUGCGACACUCUAUGACAAGCUGGAAAACCCGUGCUUGGUCUCUAGUUUGAUUAAACAUU